CUUUUGUCUUUUCAUCUAUCUUUUGAAACCUCCAUUCGUCUGUGUCCAGUCAAUUUAUACGAAAACGUGUAGACCAACUCCCUAUACACUAUUUUAGUAUUUAUUUCCAUAAAGUACAGUGAGAGAGAGCUUGUAUGUUUGUUCAGUCCAGUGAGUGCACUCUCUUCAAAAAUGUUGAGAAUAUUUGACACUGUGUAGUAACAGUAGUUUAAAGUUCAAACAGCAGAAAUCUAGGGUUAGGGUUUUUUUCUGGGUCUCUUCAAUCUUCAUCAUCAACCAAGAAAUGGAAGAUGUUGAUGAGAGAAGAAAAGAAGCUAUCGUUUUAGUGGUUAUAGUUGUGUUAGCUUGUUUAGCUUUGGUUUCAUUACUUGUUGCUUUUAGUUAUUAUUGCUACAUUACAAACAAACUCUCUAAGCGUUUAAAGAACUCUAAAAAGAGUGAUAACAGUGGAAUUUCAAAGAUACAAGUGACAACUGAAAGAGGAAUUCAUGUGUUUAGUUUCAAACAACUUCAUUCAGCUACUGGUGGUUUUGGUAAAUCUUAUGUAGUUGGCCAUGGUGGAUUUGGGUCUGUUUAUAGAGGGGUUUUACCUGAUGGGAGAAAAAUUGCUGUCAAAUUAAUGGAUAGAGCUGGAAAACAAGGAGAAGAUGAGUUCCAAAUGGAGGUGGAAUUGCUUACUCGGCUUCGUUCUACAUAUUUGCUUGCUUUGUUGGGUUACUGUUCUGAUCAUGAUUGCAAAUUAUUAGUUUAUGAGUUUAUGGCAAAUGGUGGUCUACAAGAACAUCUUUAUCCACCCAGAGGUUCUAAGGGCGGUGCAUCUAAGUUGGACUGGGAGAUCCGAUUGAGAAUAGCCCUGGAAGCUGCAAAAGGUCUGGAAUAUCUACAUGAACAUGUCAGCCCCCCUGUCAUUCACAGAGAUUUUAAAAGCAGUAACAUUCUUUUGGAUCGGAAUUUCCAUGCUAAGGUUUCUGAUUUUGGCUUGGCAAAGAUUGGAUCAGACCAGGCUGGAGGUCAUGUUUCCACGAGAGUGUUAGGCACACAGGGAUAUGUCGCCCCCGAGUAUGCGUUGACAGGUCAUCUGACAACCAAAUCAGAUGUUUACAGUUACGGUGUUGUUCUUUUGGAGUUGCUUACAGGGAGGACUCCGGUUGACUCGCAAAGACCUUCCGGGGAAGGUGUGCUUGUAUCUUGGGCUUUGCCGAGACUAACAGAUAGAGAAAAGGUUGCCGAGAUCAUGGAUCCAUCACUGGAAGGUCAGUACUCGUUGAAGGAGGUUGUUCAAGUAGCUGCAAUUGCAGCAAUGUGUGUGCAGUCAGAGUCAGAUUACAGACCGUUAAUGGCUGAUGUUGUGCAGUCACUGGUUCCUCUGCUGAAGCGUCACAGACCCUCUUCAACAGGAGGCUCGAGCGUGCACUCCACUAAAUCUCCAUUAUCUCCCAUAUGUCAUGACAACGAUAUAUCUCCCCGUGGCUUACCAUAGUCUAACUGUCGGAAGUUGGAACAUCCGCUUUUUAGUUUUCUAGAGACGUUGUACACCGAGUUGUCUUUCUGAGAUUUAGUUUAGAAAACUGUGCUAGACAUUGCCCCUAGUCCCUAGAAGAGGUGCAUGCAUGGUCUCUUCAUGUGAUUGAUCCAUAUGAGAAUUGAGAACCCUGAAAAGUUAUAACAUCUGAGAAUCUAGUUCUGUUCUUGUAAAUGUAACUUUUUUUGAAUCUGAGAAAUGAUCAGAAAUCUUUCUUAGAUUUGGAAAAUUAUGGGGAUAUAUGCAUUAACCAAAAGAUAUCUGGUGACAAUAAAUGAGUGGAAUUGUGUAUC